AUGAAUGUUUUCAUAGAAGGGCUAUUACUGAUUCUGCUGGUAAAAAGCUGCCAUGGCCAGUGUCGACAUUGGUCGACUCCCGAGUUUCACUUUGCAAGCAAUCGCAACCUGCAGGGUCAUGUGUUUCAGAUGAAGGCUGUAUCUUCUGCUGUGAUCUGUGGGAGAGACUGCUCUAUGGACCCACGGUGUGCAUCAUUCAACUAUGAUGCAGGCAGCCAUCUUUGUGAACUCAACAAUCAAACAAGACUCCAGAGCCCAUGUACCUUUGUAGAGAAGCAAGGAAGUUUCUACUUUGACGAUAACAAAAAGACUUCAGCAGGUGCAGAUGGUUCUCGGGAGUUCAGCAUCGUUGGCAAACCGGCCCAACAAAGUUCAGAUCACAAAACUAGAGUAGCUGGUAACGCGGUGGACGGCAGUAGUUCAUCAGCCAGACAUCAUUGUUCGCACACAAGUAAAGAUCCAGCUCCGUGGUGGAGGGUCGAUCUUGGAGAGGACCACUGCAUCAGCAAAGUCCGAAUUCUGAACCGUGGAGACUGCUGCAGCCAUCGAUUGACUGGCGCUGUUGUUCGCGCUGGUGGGGACAACACCACUGUCACCGACAACCCGUCUUGUGGCUCACCUGUCACCGCUGCCCAAGCCCAACCACUCGGUUGUACCAUCGAGUUUGAUUGCUCUCCGGAGUUGAAGGCGCGCUACGUCAGCGUGGAUAUCCAGUACAUCCCCGGCACGGGCAUCUUGCAACUGUGUGAGGUCACGGUAGAAGAAAUACCCCUGGACCACUGCUCUGGUGAAAGCAGUGGCGCAUGA